AUGAAGCUCGUGCAGAAACUAUCGGGCUAUCCCCGUUUGCUUCUCGCCGGUAAUCCCUACAAGGUUGACCUAGGUCGACUCCUGCUGGGUAUUAUCAGCGCAGCUGCUUCAGGUGUUCCGUUUCCCUUGAUCGGAAUUCUGUUCGGCCAGCUCCUCGACGACUUUAAUGCAGUGACCUGCGGCGAGUCAGAAUCAUCAGACUCUGAUUCCGACUAUCAACAUGACAUCAACGGCAAGAUCCUGAUUAUCGUGUAUCUGGCUAUAGCUCAGUUUGUUCUAAUCUACGUCCACCUCUCAUGCUGGAGUCUCAACGGCGCUCGACUGGCGCAACGCCUGCGGGAAACUUAUUUACAGAACCUCCUCCGACAAGAGCCGUCGUACUUUGAUAAACUGCCUCCCGGUGAGAUCGCAUCACGUCUUAAUGGCGACAUACAGGCAAUUCGGUCCGGCACAUCGGAGAAGGUUGGGAUAUGCUUAUCGAGUCUGUCCUUUUUCAUCACCGCAUACAUCGUGGCCUUUAUCAAAGAUGCCAAGCUUGCCGGGAUGCUCGUCUCGUUAAUUCCAGCAUACUUCCUAAUGUCGUUCGUCGGAAGCCACUAUAUUGAGAAAUACACCGGGCGCAUGUCGGAUUAUGCUGCGAGUGCCGCGUCCAUUGCUUCAGAGGCGCUUUCCAACACCGUCGUGGUGCAGGCUUUUGGUGCCAAUGCGCGGCUGGAGGAGAAAUUCUCCAAGGCGCUCAAGGCUGCAGAGACUGAAGGGUUGAAAAAGGCGACGGCGGUUGGCAUACAGUCUGGAGUGUUGUAUUUUAUUGCAUAUUCUGCGAAUGGUCUGGCGUUCUGGCAGGGGAGCAGACGGAUUGCCGAGUCCGUGAGUGAUAAUACUCACGGGGCCACGGUGGGUGCUACUUUUACUGUGAUUUUCAUCCUCGUUGAAGCCACCUUGCUCCUCAGUCAAGUCGCACCCUUCCUGCACCUCUUCGUCGCAGCUGUCGCCUCGUUCCAGAAGCUACGUGAGGAUAUCGACCGCGAGCCGAUGAUUGACAGUACGAGCGAUUCUGGACUUCGUCUUACCCAGGCUCAGGGCGGUUUUGAAUUCAAGGACGUUUCUUUUACCUAUCCCUCGCGCCCCGAGAUUACCGUUCUUGACAACAUCAGUCUCAGCAUCCCGGCCAACAAACAUACCGCCAUUGUCGGUUUAUCGGGUAGUGGCAAGUCAACCAUUGCGGGUUUGGUUACCAGGCUCUACGAUCCUACGCAAGGCCAGAUUCUUUUUGACGGCCACGAUCUGCGUGAUAUCAACCCUCGUGACUUGAGAAGCUUUCUGAGCCUGGUUCAGCAGGAGCCCUCUCUCCUCGACCGAUCACUUUUAGAGAACAUUGCCCAUGGGCUGAUCAACUCCAGCAAUCCGAGCCAUGCACACUUGAAGACGACCCUUUUGAGUACUGACCUAGCCGAUCUCGCCAGUGAAGUCAGAAAUGGCAAGGACUUGACGGCAGCAGCAGAGGCACGGGGUCCCAAUGUCGUUGAAAUCGUUGCUUUGGUGAAAAAAGCUGCGUCGCUUGCGGAUGCAGACGGAUUCAUUAGUGCGCUACAACACGGAUACGGUACAGUCGUGGGCUCCAGUGGACGGUUGAUCAGUGGUGGCCAGAAACAGCGCGUUGCGCUUGCCAGGGCUCUGGCCAAGGAUCCUGCAGUGCUCAUACUCGAUGAAGCUACGGCUUCUCUGGAUUCACGCAGUGAACAGCGCAUCCAGCGGGCAAUCUCCAAUAUUGCCACCGGCAGGACUAUCAUCACGAUUGCCCAUCGCUUAUCAACAAUCACCGGUGCGGACAAUAUUAUCGUCAUGCAUAAGGGCCAUAUCGUGGAACAAGGCAAUCAUGCGACACUCAUGGCCAAGAAUGGUACAUACGCUGAACUUGUCAAAUUGCAGACUCUUGCUGGCAAGGAUGACACAUCAGUCAACAUUGAGAGCGUCAGCAAGUCUGAUCAGGCAUCAUCGAGCGAGGCUGAUAUUGAGAAGAGCGCUUCUUUCCUUGGCGACUUCGGCGAGGUUGAGAAAACUCCAGUCUCAACAACCGAAGCCCCUGUUGCUGACUCCGCAGAGGAAGAAGAAGAGCCCGAGACUCCCAAAAAAUCCCUCUGGGCGCUUGCCAAAGGCUACGCACCGGCACUACGACCUCACCUGCUGUUCAUCUUUCUUGCACUUCUUGGGUCGAGCGUUGUUGGCGGAGCUUUUUCUGGAGAGGCUGUGAUCUUCGGAAACACCGUUGGCAGUCUGAAUCCCUGCCACAGCGCAGAUAGCAUCCGGUCAAGAGGAAACUUCUUUGGGUUGAUGUUCUUCAUCCUCGCUAUUAUUGAAUUCUUCGCCAACGUAGUCAGUUGGUCUGGAUUUGGCUGGGUCUCUGAGAAGAUCGUCUACGCGGUGCGUGUCUUAUCGUUCCGGUCACUAUUUGAGCAGGAUCUGCAAUGGCAUCAGUCUGAGGGCCGGACGCCAGCUUUGCUUCUGUCCUAUAUCACCAGGGAUGGCAAUGCAUUGGCUGGCCUGAGUGGUUCGGUCAUUGGUACACUGUUUUCCAUCACUGUCAACCUUAUUGCGGCGAUUAUCCUGACUCACAUCAUCGCCUGGAGAAUCGCAUUGGUCUGUCUGGCGCUCGUGCCGCUGCUGCUUGGAGCUGGGCUGAUGGAGCUCCAUGUCCUCGGGAAAUUUGAAGAGCGCCACGAGAAUGCAUACACAAAAUCUGUCGAUAUCGGCGUCGAAGCCAUCACAUCCAUCAAAACCAUCGCAUCCUUGUCCCUUGAAGAAGAGACACUCCGAACCUAUCGGCGAUCGCUGAAGGGUCCCCGCAAAGAGACCUUCAAGGUCACCGUGCACGCAAGUCUCUGGCAGGCAAUGACCUACUUCCUCGGCAACCUGGUGAACGCGCUGGCAUACUGGUGGGGUGCGAAGCAGAUCAUCGCAGGCAACUACACCCAAACCCAGUUCCUGAUUGUUGUUUUCUCCCUGCUCGUCAGUGCUCUGCUCUGGAGCCAGAUGUUUGCUCUCGCGCCGGAGCUCUCCAGUGCCCGCGCCGCAAUGGCCCGGAUCCUAAGUCUCAUCGAGAUCGGCUCGGACAAGAUGCAAGGACACGUGCGUACCCCUACUAAGACCGUCUCGAACGACCCAGAGGCAACGGCUGAACCAAAAAUCCCCUCAAACAACCAAGCCUCAAGCGUGCAGCUUCGCGAUGUCCAUUUCGCAUACCCCGCCCGACCAGACAUCAAAGUCCUCAACGGCCUGAGCAUCGAUAUCCGGCCAGGCCAGUUCUGCGCGCUAGUGGGACCCAGCGGCGCAGGCAAAUCUACCAUCAUCUCCCUCGUUGAACGGCUCUACACCCCCGAGUCCGGCGCUAUCCUUGUCGACGGCGUGGAUAUCACCAAACACCGUGACGUAUCCUUCCGGGACACGAUAGCGCUGGUUCCCCAGGAGAGCGUCCUCUUCGAGGGCAGCAUCGCGUUCAACAUCGGCCUUGGAGCACGACCAGACCACGAAGCGACCAUGGACGAAAUCAUUGAGGCGUGCAAGCUCGCCAACAUCCACGAGGUGAUUCGAUCUUUACCGGAUGGGUACCAGACACUCUGCGGCCCUAACGGGAGCCAGUUCUCCGGGGGCCAGAAGCAGCGGCUGUCGAUUGCCAGGGCGCUUGUUCGGAAACCGAAGCUGUUGAUUCUGGAUGAGUCGACGAGUGCGUUGGAUGCGGAGUCGGAGAAGCUGCUGCAGGAUGGGCUGGAGAAGGCUGCGAAGGGGAUUACGGUUAUUGCGAUUGCGCAUCGGUUGCAUACGAUUCGCAAGGCGGAUGUGAUUUUCUUGAUUGAGGGGGGUAUGUGUGUGGAUCGGGGGAGUCAUGAGGAGUUGCUGCAGAGGUCGGAGAGUUAUAGGGCGAAUGUUAUGCAUCAGACUGUGGCGUAG